UCAGAAAACAACAACAAACCUAAACGCAACAAAUCCCUCGUCAGACCAGAAAGAGAACGGAUCGAUGAAAACCAUCGUCAGUACCACUAUCGACAGGCAACCAUAAACCGCGGCUCAGAAAAAGUAUCGGCCAGUACAACAGGAAAUCAGCCCCAGAUCCUGGAGCGCAGACCCACCCAGUCACGAUCAGCGGCACCGAUCCGUCGAGGAAGAAGUAUCCUCGGCAGAGAAGAACGAGUACUCGACGAUGAAGCCGAAGAACAAAAGGAACACGAAAAAAACCAACAGCAAAAUCAAAAGAAUCGGGGUUGCACCUCGGGUCUACCAGGCCCAUGGGUCACCUAUUGCCAUUUAAUAACAUGCUGUGUACCAAAGCCAAUGAUGAGAUUAAUGGGCAUUCCCGAUGGUCCUGCUCAGAUGGCAUGGCGAGAAAAGAUAGGCUUGGUGUCAUGCGCACUCCUGGUGAUGGGCUUUGUCGGCUUUCUUACCUUUGGAUUCACUCAAGCAGUCUGUCCCUUGGCUCCAACAAGUGUCAGAGGUGGCCAGAUCAGUCCAGGUUAUUUGAUCGUCAACGGCUGGGCCUACAUGCUCUCUGAUUGGAACGAACAUCCUGCCGUCCCAGGCAUCGUCAAUUCGUCAAGUAACGUACUCUACUCAGCCUUGAACGGCGGAGGUAUGGAUGCCUCCUUUCUCUUCCAACAACCUGACCGGAUGACCCAAUGCGCCACCAUUCUCACUCCCCUCCAGACUGCCCCAGUUUCGGGCUAUUUCCCCUGCCAACUCUUCAACCCAAACAACACUUCCCCACCAGACCCCUCAUCCUUCACAAACACAACCCAAUGCCACUCCUCCGCCGCAAUCUCCAGUCUCAACACACUCUACACCCAGGGCGUUCUGGACAACAAGGGAACAUACGAAAAACCCGCCCGAGUCUACUACGAGUGGGAAGACGUAAACACAACAAGUCAUUUCAUGGUGUACAACAAUGAUGUACUCAACCUCAUGUUACUCCAAUCCCUACCAAGAGACUACUUUAGCUUUCCUACCGGUGGUCUAAUCGAAGCAAUCCUACAAGACAACUCUCUGUUCGGCGGCAAGGACAUGACUCGCCACAUCACCGCCUACCGUGAACCCGGCAAUCGCUGGCAGGAAGAAGCAGAGUGUCUCAAGGCUACCAUAAAAGUCGGCUCCCUCAACACAAUCAGCAUCGGCUGUAUGGCAUCUGAGAUCGUCCUUUAUGUCUCACUUGUCGUCAUUCUUAGUGUUAUUGGCGUUAAAUUCAUCUUGGCAGUUAUCUUUGGCUGGUUUUUAUCAUGGAAGCUUGGCAAUUUCAACGAAGGAAACUCCUACGCUGCAAGGAUGAAGCGCGAGACGGAGAUCGAAAACUGGACACGCAAUAUCGAUGCCAGUGCUCCCCUCGGCAAGCCACGCACCCUACCAUCGGUCUAUGGAACACCAAACAACAAGCGCAAGACUCUCUUCCCCCAGACUUCGAGAUUCACCCAGCCUGAACACGGAUCGACUCGAUUUGCAGUCGAAAAGGGCCCAACUCCAAGCUGGAAGGCACCUGCCUCGUCUUCAUUUGGCUACCAGAGCCGCCCAAGCUCGUCAUACAUCGGAUCCCCCAAUCCAUCCGGUCGCUUCUACGGUGACGCUCCCAGCAGUGUUAGACUGUCUGGCUUUAUGUCCCCCAUGCGUCCGUCCUCGAUCUACUCUGACUUUUACAGCAACGCAUCCACCAAUGGUGGCGCACCAUGCCCAUUCCCGCUUUCGCCAUUUGUCGCGCCUCAACCAUCGGCCGACUACAUGCCUUUUAACUUCCCCCUGGCACACACCAUCUGUCUCAUCACUUGCUACUCCGAAGGCGAAGAAGGUAUCCGCACAACCAUCGACUCGAUCGCGACCAGCGACUACCCGGCCACCCACAAGCUGAUCCUGGUGAUUUGCGACGGUAUGAUCACCGGCCACGGUAACUCUCGCUCGACCCCCGACGUCUGCGUAGACAUGAUGCGUGACCUGCUUGUUCCAGCCGACGAGGUCGAGGCUCGAGACUAUGUUGCCAUUGCAGACGGAUCCAAGCGCAACAACAUGGCUAAAGUGUAUGCGGGCUACUACAAAUACGAUGAUGCCACAGUCGAUGUUGGCCACCAACAGCGAGUGCCGAUGAUCACAAUCGUCAAGUGUGGCACUCCAGCUGAGGCCGGCGAAUCCAAGCCUGGCAAUCGUGGCAAACGUGAUUCGCAGAUCGUCCUGAUGCAGUUCCUUCAAAAGGUCAUGUUCGACGAGCGGAUGACGACCAUGGAGUACGAGUUCUUCAACAGCAUCUGGCGAAUCACUGGUGUUCCUGCCGAUAGUUUCGAGAUCUGUCUCAUGGUUGAUGCGGACACAAAGAUCUACCCCGAUGCUCUCACUCGCCUUAUUUCUUGUGCUGUCAAGGAUCCUGAGAUUUCUGGACUCUGUGGCGAAACAAAAAUUGCUAACAAAACCGACAGCUGGGUAUCGAUGAUUCAAGUGUUUGAAUACUACAUCUCUCAUCAUCAGAGUAAAGCAUUCGAAUCCAUCUUUGGUGGUGUUACUUGUCUGCCGGGUUGUUUCUGUAUGUACCGCAUCAAGGCACCAAAGGGCCCCAAUGGAUACUGGGUUCCUGUCUUGGCCAAUCCUGAUAUUGUCGAACACUACUCUGAAAACAUUGUCGACACUCUUCACAAGAAGAAUCUGUUGCUGCUCGGUGAAGAUCGUUACCUGUCUACCCUAAUGCUACGUACAUUCCCCCACCGAAAGAUGAUGUUUGUGCCUCAAGCAGUUUGCAAGACUGUCGUACCAGAUACAUUUAUGGUUCUUCUGUCUCAACGCCGUCGAUGGAUCAAUUCUACUAUUCACAACCUAAUGGAACUAUUGUUUGUCCACGAUCUCUGUGGCACCUUUUGCUUCUCUAUGCAAUUCGUCAUUUUCAUGGAACUUGUCGGAACUGUUGCUCUGCCGGCUGCAAUUUCAUUCACACUCUAUCUUAUCAUUCAGGCUAUCAUGGGCUCUCCGGCCCUCAUUCCACUCAUCCUGCUGGCCCUGGUGCUUGGUUUGCCUGCGGUUCUGAUUGUAAUGACCAGCCGCAAGAUUGUGUACGUGGGAUGGAUGCUGGUGUACCUGUUCAGUAUUCCGAUCUGGAACUUUGUGCUGCCCAGUUACGCCUACUGGCACUUUGAUGACUUUUCUUGGGGUGACACCCGUAAGGUCGAGGGUGGAGAAAAGGACAAGGGCCAUGCGGAUGGCGAGGGAACCUUUGACAGCUCCAAGAUCUCGAUGAAGAAGUGGAGCGAGUACGAAAAAGACCGUCGGAUUAAA